AGUCGAGUGUUUAGAAGGGUGUGUUCACACAUGCACCUCCUUUCCUCUGAUCUUUAUUAGUGCUGACACUCAAUUCUCACAUUCCAAUACUUACAGCAAACUCUAAACUCUACUAUACACCCUCUGGAUUCAUUUUGAGAUUUCCUCACCAGCGAUGGAGCUGUGGAUUAUGCUGUUGGGACUCGCCUCUGCUUUACUGGCCUCCUCGAGAUCAGAAGAUACUAUAGUUGUGCGCUCACGGAGCUGCAGCUAUGCUGGAGUGUUUCACGUGGAGGGGAGAGAUCGCUAUGGUCUGACGUUUGACGAGGCCGAGAAGUUGUGUGAACAUUUAUCUUCUUCAUUAGCCAGCCUGGAACAGUUGACAAAAGCCUACGAAAAAGGACUACAGACAUGCAGGUAUGGAUGGAUAAACAGCACACAGGUGGUGAUAGUCCGUCACAAGCCAAAUGAAAUGUGUGCUGCCAACCUAACCGGCAUCAUCAAGAUAACUAAAAACAGUGACAAAUACGACACCUUCUGUUAUGAUGCUAAAGAUACGUCAGAGAAAAACUGCACAGCUAUGAUUGACCCUGACAGCUUAAACAAAACAGAUCCCACGCCUGACCCUGUCGCAGCAUUUACAGACACAUUUGUGUCUCAGUCUUCUACUUCAGUUCACUGGAUGCAGACCAGACCCACACGGAGCCCCGUGGAGCAGAACCGCACCGAUCAAACGGAUGAUACAAACCACGAUUCGCAUAUAGAGGAGUUCACAACCUCACCUCCAAAACACGCUGCCCCAAAUAACAGGUCUAUAGACUGGACGAUCAUUUUACUCACCAUUUUGGCAGUUCUUCUCAUUCUGCUUGUCUGUGUCAUUGUAGCAAACAGGAAAAGAUGGUGUGGCAAGAAAAAGACUCUGAUUAUUACAACAGAGAGCAGCUGUAAAGAAAACGGUGCAGCAGCUUCAUUCACUAAGGAGCAGGAGGAGGUCAAACUCGUGAACACUGUGUAGAUCGCAGGGAACAGCAAUUCAGAGCUGAUCAACAUCAAUCACUGAUAUGCCCUAAUUCAUGCUGAGCUAAUGCACAGAUUAGAUAGAUUGACUGAUAGAUUAAGUCAUGCAUGAAUUGCUAAUAAUUCAAUGUGGCAUCAUGGACAGAUUCCCUAUCAACAUCUAAACUAAUAGCGUAAAUUAAUGUGUUAAAUUCCACAGUAGGUCAAAGCCAUGUAUUCCAACUUCCAGCUCCCUGGUUUAGAAAAUCACUAGUUAAUAAGUAGCAAAGAUGACUUGUUUAAUUAUAGAAUUAAUCAUAAAAAAUACAAUUUAUUAUAAAUUAAUUAUAAAAAAUAAUUAGAUAAAAAAAACAACAACAUUAAGAAACAAAACAACAACAUAGCACUAGCCUAACUAAUGGACUACUUGCACAGCUACUUCCGCGUUCUACUUGUCACGGCUCUGGAGUUUCCGGUUAGUGUUCAGAGCACCUACAUACAGACAGUUUCUCAUGAGAAUGCAGAUUAUUACUACAUUUUAGGGCUGGCAUUUCUUUAAAAAAAAAAAAACAAUUAAUCAUAUUGUCUGCAUUAACAUGAAUCAUAUUCAACCUGCUGAAAGGUCACUAUGAAUAUAUUUCUCUUUCAGUAUGUGCAUUCUGAAUAAUAAAUAAAUGUACUUCCCCACUAACCUGUAUUUUUCUGUUACUGAUCAUAUUUUAUACCUGAUGAAUGUACAGUUUUAAAUGAGUUUCACCGAUAAACACGAAAAUUAGCCAUAGUUUUACUGUAGUAUGUCAUGCCAUGUUUUUCCCAUUUUUACCAUUUGUAUAACAACACUUUUACUACAAAUAGUUAAUUCGUGGUUAUAUGGUUUAACUUCAAUUGCAAUUUUUGCAAUUAUGUUUUGGCAUUAGACUACAUACAGUGAAAUGAUGACAGAAUAUGACACAGAAUAGUGACUAACAUAUUUAAUACAGAUAAAUAUUAUGAUCUUAUUCAUCAGAUCUCAUAAACUGCAGUGUGACGAUUAGGCCACUAUAGAGCACUGACACCCUGUGGUGAACAAUCACGAAUGAUUACCAGCCACUGCUUUCUCAGAUCGGUUUAUGUUGGAUUAAAACUUCACGUUCCGUUCGGAAAAAUCUGUACUCAGUAAUCAUCAGAAUAUGUCUUCUCCUGUCUCUGAAAAUUUGCAAAUUUGAAAUCAUCCCAAGAAAUCUCAUUUUAUUAGGCGUUUAAAGUCAACUAGAUGAUUACAGCGCAUUAUAAAUGUACAUGACCGGCAAUAACUGAGCUGUUAUGUAAGUGCGUCACGAGGCUCAGUGCAAGUAGUCCAUUGUCAAAGUGUCUUUAUUUUCCUUUUUCCUUGGUUGAGCUAAUUGUAUCAUUCUGUUCAGGUGUGCCAUUCAUUGUCCUUGUUUGCUCAUGUAUUUAAGUUGUGCUGUUUCUAUUCAAGCUCCUUUGACACACAAUUUUCCUAGACAAAGUGUGGGCCGCGCCAGUUUUCUGUCACAUUCCACGAUCUACAACAUCACCUGCAACACAGUAACGGACUAUAUUAUCAUCCAGACAUUCAUUCCUGCUGCAUUUCCAUUUACUUCCCUGUGUAUUCAUAUUCCAAUGCUGCAAUAAACCUGUGUUGCUUCCACA